UCAGGGAACAGGACAGCCCGCGCUCUCUGCAGGAGCUGCACCGCCGCCGCCCGCGCCUCUAAGGUCUCACCGCUUCCUCAGCAGAGACCUGGGCUCAGCCGCCAUGUCCGCCACGGACGAGGUUGACGGACUGAGCGUUUCCCGGCCGCACUAUGGCUCUGUCCUGGACAAUGAGAGACUCACUGCGGAGGAGAUGGAUGAACGGAGACGUCAGAACGUGGCUUACGAAUACCUUUGCCAUUUGGAAGAAGCAAAGAGGUGGAUGGAAGCCUGUCUUGGGGAAGAUCUGCCCCCCACCACAGAGCUGGAGGAGGGGCUUCGGAAUGGGGUCUACCUUGCCAAACUGGGAAACUUCUUCUCUCCCAGAGUGGUGUCCCUGAAGAAAAUCUACGACCGAGAGCAGACUAGAUACAGGGCGACUGGCCUCCACUUUCGGCACACGGAUAACGUGAUUCAGUGGCUGAACGCCAUGGAUGACAUCGGCUUGCCCAAGAUUUUUUACCCAGAAACAACAGAUAUCUAUGACCGAAAGAACAUGCCAAGAUGUAUCUAUUGUAUCCAUGCACUCAGUUUGUACCUGUUCAAACUGGGCCUGGCUCCUCAGAUUCAAGACCUGUAUGGAAAGGUUGACUUCACUGAGGAAGAAAUCAACAACAUGAAGAUUGAGCUGGAGAAGUACGGGAUCCAGAUGCCUGCCUUCAGCAAGAUCGGGGGCAUCCUGGCUAACGAGCUCUCAGUGGAUGAAGCCGCAUUGCAUGCUGCCGUAAUUGCUAUUAACGAAGCUGUGGACCGCAGAAUUCCAGCUGACACAUUUACAGCUUUGAAAAACCCCAAUGCCAUGCUUGUAAAUCUUGAAGAGUCCUUGGCUUCCACUUACCAGGAUGUACUCUAUCAGGCCAAACAUGACAAGAUGACAAACGCUAAAAACAGGACAGACAACUCUGAGAGAGAGAGAGAUGUUUAUGAGGAGCUGCUCACUCAAGCUGAAAUUCAAGGCAAUAUAAACAAAGUGAACACGUUUUCUGCGUUAGCAAACGUGAACCUGGCCUUGGACAAGGGGUCCCCCCUGGCCUUGUUCAGAGUCCUGCAGUCACCCGCGCUGGGCCUUCGAGGGCUGCAGGAGCAGAAUAGCGACUGGUACCUCAAGCAGCUCCUGAGUGACCGACAGCAGAAGCGGCAGGGUGGUCAGGCCGAGCCCCUGCAGAAGGAGGAGCUCCAGGCCGCCGUGGAUGCCGCCAACAGUGCCGCGCAGCAGUAUAAGAGAAGGCUGGCGGCAGUGGCAGCGAUCAACGCUGCCAUCCAGAAGGGUGUUGCUGAGAAGACUGUCCUGGAACUAAUGAAUCCUGAAGCCCAGCUGCCCCAGGUGUACCCCUUCGCUGCUGACCUUUACCAGAAGGAGCUGGCCACCCUGCAGCAGCAGAGCCCUGAGCAUAGCCUCACGCACCCCGAGCUCUCCGUCGCGGUGGAGAUGUUGUCGUCAGUCGCCCUCAUCAACAGGGCGCUGGAGUCGGGGGACAUGAACACGGUGUGGAGGCAGCUGAGCAGCUCGGUCACAGGCCUGACCAACAUCGAGGAGGAGAACUGUCAGAGGUACCUCGAUGAGCUGAUGAAGCUGAAAGCCCAGGCACAUGCAGAGAAUAAUGAAUUCAUCACGUGGAAUGACAUCCAGGCGUGCGUGGACCGCGUGAACUUGGUGGUGCAGGAGGAGCACGAGAGGAUUUUAGCCAUUGGGUUAAUUAACGAAGCCCUGGAUGAAGGUGACGCCCAGAAGACCCUGCAGGCCCUGCAGAUUCCUGCCGCCAAGCUGGAGGGUGUCCUGGCGGAAGUGGCCCAGCACUACCAAGACACGCUGAUCCGAGCAAAGAGGGAGAAGGCCCAGGAGACCCAGGACGAGUCGGCUGUGUUAUGGUUGGAUGAAAUUCAGGGCGGAAUCUGGCAGUCCAACAAAGACACCCAAGAAGCGCAGAGGUUUGCCUUAGGAAUCUUUGCCAUCAAUGAGGCCGUGGAGAAAGGUGAUGUUGGCAAAACCCUGGGUGCCCUUCGUUCCCCUGACGUGGGCCUGUACGGAGUCAUCCCUGAGUGCGGUGAGACGUACCAGAGCGACCUGGCCGAAGCCAAGAAGAGAAAGCUGGGGGCGGGCGACAACAGCAGCAAGUGGGUGAAGCACUGGGUCAAAGGUGGAUAUUAUUAUUACCACAAUCUGGAGACUCAGGAAGGAGGAUGGGACGAACCCCGGGGCUUUGUGCAAAAUUCUCUGCAGCUUUCGCGGGAGGAGAUCCAGAGUUCCAUCUCCGGGGUGACAGCUGCCUAUAACCGAGAGCAGCUUUGGCUGGCCAACGAAGGCUUGAUCACCAGGCUGCAGGCUCGCUGCCGCGGUUACCUAGUCCGCCAGGAAUUCCGGUCCAGGAUGAAUUUCCUGAAGAAGCAAAUCCCCGCCAUCACCUGCAUUCAGUCGCAGUGGAGAGGAUACAAGCAGAAGAAGGCCUACCAAGAUCGCUUAGCGUACCUGCACGCCCAUAAAGAUGAAGUAGUAAAGAUUCAGUCCCUGGCGAGGAUGUAUCAAGCUAGAAAGCGCUAUAGAGAUCGCCUGCAGUAUUUCCGAGACCACAUAAAUGACAUUAUCAAAAUCCAGGCUUUUAUUCGGGCAAACAAAGCUCGUGAUGACUACAAGACUCUCAUUAAUGCUGAGGAUCCUCCCAUGAUUGUGGUCCGGAAGUUUGUCCACCUGCUCGACCAAAGUGACCAGGAUUUUCAGGAGGAGCUGGAUCUUAUGAAGAUGCGGGAAGAAGUCAUUACCCUCAUUCGUUCCAACCAGCAGCUGGAGAAUGACCUCAAUCUCAUGGAUAUCAAAAUCGGACUGCUAGUUAAAAAUAAAAUUACAUUGCAGGAUGUGGUUUCUCACAGUAAAAAACUUACCAAAAAAAAUAAAGAACAGUUGUCUGAUAUGAUGAUGCUAAAUAAACAGAAGGGAGGUCUCAAGGCCUUGAGCAAGGAGAAGAGAGAGAAAUUGGAAGCUUAUCAGCACCUGUUUUAUUUAUUGCAGACCAACCCCACCUAUCUGGCCAAGUUGAUUUUCCAGAUGCCCCAAAACAAGUCCACCAAGUUCAUGGACUCUGUGAUCUUCACCCUCUACAACUACGCAUCCAACCAGCGAGAGGAGUACCUGCUGCUGCGGCUCUUUAAGACAGCGCUGCAGGAGGAAAUCAAGUCAAAAGUAGACCAGAUUCAAGAGAUUGUGACAGGAAAUCCUACAGUCAUUAAGAUGGUUGUAAGUUUCAACCGUGGCGCUCGGGGUCAGAAUGCCCUGAGACAGAUCUUGGCCCCAGUCGUGAAGGAGAUUAUGGACGACAAAUCUCUCAACAUCAAAACUGACCCUGUGGAUAUUUACAAAUCGUGGGUUAAUCAGAUGGAGUCUCAGACGGGAGAGGCAAGCAAACUCCCCUACGAUGUGACUCCUGAGCAGGCUCUGGCCCAUGAAGAGGUCAAGACACGGCUAGACAACUCCAUCAGGAACAUGCGGGCUGUGACCGACAAGUUCCUCUCGGCCAUCAUCAGUUCUGUGGACAAAAUCCCCUACGGGAUGCGCUUCAUCGCCAAAGUGCUGAAGGACUCGCUGCAUGAGAAGUUCCCCGACGCUGGUGAGGACGAGCUGCUGAAGAUUAUUGGUAACCUGCUUUACUAUCGCUACAUGAAUCCAGCCAUUGUUGCCCCCGAUGCCUUUGACAUCAUCGACCUGUCGGCAGGAGGCCAGCUCACCACAGACCAGCGCCGAAACCUGGGCUCCAUUGCCAAGAUGCUCCAGCACGCAGCUUCCAAUAAGAUGUUUCUGGGAGAUAAUGCUCACUUAAGCAUCAUUAACGAGUACCUUUCCCAGUCCUACCAGAAAUUCAGGCGCUUUUUCCAAGCUGCUUGCGACGUCCCAGAGCUGCAGGAUAAAUUUAAUGUGGACGAAUACUCUGAUCUCGUGACCCUCACCAAGCCAGUGAUCUACAUUUCCAUCGGUGAAAUCAUCAACACCCACACGCUCCUGUUAGAUCACCAGGAUGCCAUUGCCCCGGAGCACAACGACCCAAUCCACGAGCUGCUGGAUGACCUCGGCGAGGUGCCCACCAUUGAGUCCCUGAUAGGAGAAGGCGCUGGCAAUUUAAAUGACCCAAAUAAGGAGGCGCUGGCUAAGACAGAAGUGUCUCUCACACUGACCAACAAGUUUGAUGUGCCUGGGGGUGAGAAUGCAGAGAUGGAUGCUCGGACCAUCUUGUUGAACACAAAACGUUUAAUUGUGGAUGUCAUCCGGUUCCAGCCAGGAGAGACCUUGACUGAAAUCCUAGAAACACCAGCCUCCAGUGAACAGGAAGCAGAGCAUCAGAGGGCCAUGCAGAGACGUGCUAUCCGUGAUGCCAAAACUCCUGACAAGAUGAAAAAGUCAAAAUUUGUGAAGGAAGACAGCAACCUCACUCUUCAGGAGAAGAAGGAAAAGAUCCAGUCAGGGUUGAAGAAGCUAACGGAGCUGGGGACCGUGAACCCAAAGAACAGAUACCAGGAACUGAUCAACGACAUUGCCAGGGAUAUUCGGAAUCAGCGGAGAUACCGGCAGAGGAGGAAGGCUGAGCUGGUGAAACUGCAGCAAACGUACGCUGCUCUGAACUCCAAAGCCACUUUCUAUGGAGAGCAGGUGGAUUACUACAAAAGCUAUAUCAAGACCUGCCUGGAUAACCUGGCCAGCAAGGGAAAGGUCUCCAAGAAGCCUAGGGAAAUGAAAGGAAAGAAAAGCAAAAAGAUUUCUCUGAAAUAUACGGCAGCAAGACUACAUGAAAAAGGAGUUCUUCUGGAAAUUGAGGAACUACAAGUGAAUCAGUUUAAAAACGUUAUCUUUGAAAUCACGCCAACAGAAGAAGUUGGAGACUUUGAAGUGAAAGCCAAAUUCAUGGGAGUUCAGAUGGAGACGUUUAUGUUGCAUUAUCAGGACCUGCUGCAGCUACAAUAUGAAGGAGUUGCAGUCAUGAAAUUAUUUGACAGAGCUAAAGUAAAUGUCAACCUCCUGAUCUUCCUUCUCAACAAAAAGUUCUACGGGAAGUAAUGAUCCUUUGCUGCCAGCCCAGGAGGGUGAAGGAAAGAAGCACCUCGCAGCUCCUUCCUGGGGCCCCUUCACUCACGGGAAGCAGAGGCCCUACCGCAGCGGGGCCUCGCCAGGACGCACUCCCAGGGCCACCUUUGUAACUCCUCCCUCUCCAACUGGACAUUCAUAGCAACCUUUUUUAAAUAGUGAAAGUAUACUUCAGGCUUAGUCUCGACCCUUCUUGUUCCUUUGUUUUUUUUUUUUCUUUCACUUAGGAAAGAAUGGGAACUUGACUAAAAUCUUUGUGUUGUUUUGAUCUUAGAGGUUUCAUUACUAUGUUGUAAGCUUUGGUGUUUGUUUUAAUCAGCAGUAGUAAUGGUGGGAUUUGAAGUCUUGUGAUUUAAAGGGGAAGCUAUCCACACCAGUAGCACAUAUAUAAGACCCAAUAACAAGGUCAGGUUACCUAUCCCUAUUAGGUUGUCAUUGAAAAGUUAAGUUCUUUUAUAUUUUUGUCUCAUCUGUCAAAUUGAAGGAUGCGAGGGUUAUUGGACCUCCUCCCUCUGCUUCCCUUUAUGGACAGGAGCUAAUAGAAGUCAGUGUUCUGUGUUCAAAGGAAGCAUUUCUAGGAAAGGGAAAUAAUGUCCUUCAACUUCACCAGUAAAUUUCGACAAUUCUGUGGAUGGGAGUCAGUGGAUGGGAGGGUCCCGUUGACAAAAUCCAGAUAUUUAGGUAAAUUGAAGCUGUCGGAGGCGCCUGCCUGUGGGUGCUGGUGCCUAGAGAUUGACUAGAUUUGCGAAGCCGCUCCCCUCCGUCCCUGUGGCAAAAGAACGGGUAGCCUAGCAUAGGAUGUAAUUUUUUCAAAAAUGUUUGAUAUCUUAAGAGUGCCUUAUUAAAGUAUAGAUUUAUGUCUUAAAAUGUGGGUGAUAGGAAUUUUAAAGAUUUAUAUAAUGUUUCAAAGCUUUUAAAAUACUGUAAGAAAAGGUUUUUAAAAAUUGGCUUAUCUGUAUAUCUGAAAUCUUUAAACUUUCUUAUAGCUCAAACACUAGGAUUUGUCUGCAGGGUUGCAGAGAGAGAAUCCUGUUUUAAAUAGACUGAAACAAAAUUUUUUUUUUUAAGCCCAGCCAACCAAUGUUACACUUGAUAUUCAGAUCUAUUUUUUCCAUUUCUUUUUCUUUUCUAUUGCUGCCCACGCUCUGCUUUUAUCAUCUGAACUCCAGUUUUCUGGGUUUAGUAAAAAACAAUUCAAUUCUAAACAUUAAGUUUUUAAGAAGUUUUUAUUCUUAGAUAAAAAGUCAUAUACUUUUUUUAAAAAAAUUUGUUUAUCCAGGAAACUCUAUUAAAUCAUGCUACUGAGCCUCCAUUUUGUCUGAUGUUUUGGUUCAGUAUUCUUUUAUUGUAAGACAUAAAACUUAACCAAAUAAACUAACAAUUAAAAAUUUACCAAUGUAUAUUUAAAGCCAAUAAACUGUUUUGUUAAUAACAAAUUAUGUGAUGUGUCCCUCUUACAGAUGUAAGUAUUGGAGAUGUGUUUUUCAUAAUAGACUGUUUACAUGGACCACGGUCAGGUCCGUGGGUGCAGAUGUAAGUUGUGUGUCUUUGCACAUCCCUAGAAGCCCACAGGCAGGUGCGGAGGUCAGGUGGCAUGUGCCACGGAAGGAGUCUCCGCGCCCUGACCUCGUCUUCUGUCCUAUUUCUCAGAUAAUUUUUUAGUAACUGUUUUCCUCAGAGUAAAAGAAGAUGGUGUUAAGGUAGCAUUGUCUCAAAAACUGGGACCAACCAAAGUGUCAAUCCGUUUACAUUCGAAGAGAGUACUCAUCCUAGGCUUGUUUGGCCCCAGAGGCCACGUCCAUGACAGACACUGAGCCAAGUUUACAAUUCCUUUGCUAUUACAUGACUUUGCAAUUGUCUGUAGCCUUUUAGUUCCCUUGUCACAACUUUUAAUGCAAAACAGCACGAAAUGCACUUCCAGAAUUUGGAUGGUAACUAUAUGUGGAGUUACGGUUGUAGCAGCAUGGAGAAAACUCAGAUGAGUCCCAGUGCAUUGAAACCGCAUAGCUCUUCUUCAUAUUUAUUAGUCGCAGCCUUCUCUGGUCUCUCUCCUUCUUUGACCUUCUCCUCCACCAGAUAUCAUGACAUUUACCAUGAAUUUACUUCCUCCCAAGAAUUUGGACUGCCCAUCAGAUUGUUGCU